UUUAUUUUGAUAAGCUGCUCAACGCUGGUGCAGCUGCUCGCGCGCCGCGGUCCCGUUAUCCAGCCAGUUAAGUUAACUGUCGACGGGAAACAUCGUCCAGGGAUGAGACGAAAGAGAAAAGAAGACAGCGUUCAUCAGAAAACUUGGAUGAAUUUCACCUGCAGGAUUUGGAAAAUGUUUUUGUUGUCGAAGUGGUGGAUUUUUAUCGUUUGGCUGACAGAUGUCCUCCCUCCCCGUUGCUCGGGGGUUCAUGUGUUUGUGAGAGAUGAGAAGAGGUAUGCUGUGCUGUUCCAGUCAGUGGUUCUGCCAUGUCAGUACAACAGCGUGUCCACCCAGACCCCCGUGGUGCAGUGGGUCUACAAGUCGUACUGUCGCGACCGCACGCGGGAUUCAUUCACCAUCCCAGACAGCCUGAGUGGAGGCCUGGGAGGAGGUGGGCUGACGGGUGCCACUGGAGGAGCUGGCGGAGGGUACGAGACGGGGAUGACUGCGAGCUACCUCGACUGCGCUGACAGCAGCCGGACGGUCCGAACUGUGGCCUCCAUCUCUGGCUCCUCAGUCACACUGUCAGAGUACUACAAGAACAGAGACAUCUCCAUCAUCAACAAGGCAGACCUGCGCGUAGGAGAGGUCCAGUGGGGAGACAGUGGAGUUUACAUCUGUAAAGUGGUUAUAUCUGAUGAUUUAGAGGGACAGAACGAAGCCUCUGUGGAGCUGCUGGUUCUUGGUUUCUCAGGUGUGCCUGAAGAUCUCCUGCCAGACUUUGAUUUGAAGAUUAUGCCAGAGUGGGUGUUUGUGGCGGCUGUGGUGCUCGGCAGUGUCUUAUUCCUGCUGUUAGUUGGGGUUUGUUGGUGUCAGUGUUGUCCUCACUCCUGCUGCUGCUACGUUAGCUGCUGGUGCUGCCCCGACACAUGCUGCUGCCCUAGACAUUUAUAUGAGGCAGGUAAGGGUAUAAAGACAGGCACCUCCACCCCUCAACCUGCCUACCCACCAUACUUUGUCACUGGGGUCCCGACAAUGAUCCCCAUUGCUCCCCCCUCUCUUGUGGACAAGAUGUCUUCUGUCCCCCCUUCGGAUGGCAGUCUACUCACAGCAGUGCCGAUGCAUGCUGUAGGGGUUCCAUACCGCGUGCCUUCACCUCAGGAUCAGGACUCUCUCAGGGUGCUACAGUAUGUAGAGAAACAACUGGCUCACUUCAACCCUGCCAGGUCCAUCAGCCACCAGUCCUGUAGCCUGUCCGAGCUGAGCUCUCUCCACGAGGGAGACACCAGCUUUCGCCAAACAUACCGAAACGUCCAGAAGAAAGCUCUGCCUGCCAUCCCUGACCACGACCAUCAGCCUGAACCCCAACGCUACUGUGACAACCGCAGCCCAGAGCCACAGCAUUACCGUAACAAUCCCCCUUCACCCCAACGAUAUCGCGAUGACCCCGACUCAGAGCCCCGCCGCUGCCAGGACGAGCCCCUUCCUCCACGGCGGUACAGCGAUGACCCUCCGUCCUCCUCACAGUCGCGCAGGCUCGGCCGAAAUCAACGGCAACAAAAUCACAGUGAGGAUGAAAACCACAACAGGUGGAACCCUCGUUCAGAACAUCUGCAGAGAAAGACGUACCGUACUGCAGGACGAACCGGCUCACUGGAUGAGCUGGAGGAGUUUGCUGCUUCUUACAAGCAGAGAGGAAGCAGAGGGGUAGAGAAAAGGGAAGAAGAAAGAGGAGACUAUGAGAUGGAGCUUCUGGAGUACAGUCGAUAUCCUUCCUACCGAGAUUGUCCACCUCAGCAUUAUCACAAUGAUGAAAAUGAGCUUGGAGACAGCAGCGACCGUGAAGAUCAUCCCAGACGAAACAAGAAAAAUGGACAUAUCGUAAGUCCACUUCCUUCACCCAAAAAGAGGAGGGGCACUUGGGACAGCGAGCGCCCUGCCCCCCCUCCUCCCAGAGUCAGUCCACCAUCAACUUCUUCUCAAGAGAAGGACUACGAUGGCACAUUCCUAAACAGCCUGCUGGAGCGUAAGGCUAAGUUGCGAGGGGUUGGUCAGGGGAAGAGUGGGGCCCGGGGUGAGGAAGAUUCAGACACACCCUCAAAGGGCAGCUCGAAAAAGAGCAGCGGGGAAUCUAGCCGUCACUGCAGCCGCUCACCUAGUAAUAGGCCUGAGGCAGAUUCACUGCCUCCUUACUCGGAGACAGAGCGGAGCAGAACUGACAGGCCAUCUCCACGGCCACUCCCAACAAACACUCGCUCCUCUCAACCUCCUGCCCAGUCCCUGCCCGGUCGCAGAGAGGAACCCAGAGACAAGACCCGGAAAGUGAACACUCUUCUCAGCCGGGAUUCCCUCAUCGUCUGAUUGACUGGAAGUCACACAGACAGAGCACCUGGAGCAGACUCUACGGGAACUGCAUGUCAGCUGAUGAAAGCAGAUUGCAAAAAUAUGCAAAGUACAACUGACCGUGAAGGAAAGCUGAAUGAAAAAAUGGACAACAGACACACUUUUACUAUCGAGACUGUUACUGGAGUUUCUGCCUGUGACGUUGCUGAAUGAUGAAGUCAUCACUAUUCAGUUUCUGUCACCGGUUGCCUCAUAUAUAUAUCUCAGCUGGACUAACACUGAACUAAUGUGGGCUGGGUGUAUGACCUGGACUGUCCCUCCCAGCAGGACACUGUUUGUCUCCCCUCGUCCCUUUAGAAAAGGCUCUGAAGCAGAGAGACUUGCUUUACGCUUCCAGCACAAUGAGCGCAUUCAUUUCCACUUGCUGAGAUAUCUGCAUUAAAUAAGCACAGUUGUAGAAUAGAAGGUAUAUGACAACACUAUUAUUGUAAAGAACUGUAUUAACUGAUAUAUUGCAGCUUCAGUUGUUUGACAAUACACACACUGUGUUAUUCAGUAACAUAUUCAGAGACUAAAGCACCUAAUUCAGACGGCUUUUGCAAGGAGAUGUUAAUGUUAACUAAAGCUGGAAGUAGUAUCCAACAUUACCAAAUGUUGAUAUGACAUGUAUCUACAGAGGGGGUGGACAAAAUAAUGUAAACAUUGAAAAGGACAGUAACUCUUAAAGGUGCAUUAAGCAACAUUUUUACAUUCACAAUGGAUCAAAUGACUGUGUGAUGUGAAAUGUGCUGUUUGUAGUGACAAAUUAUGACCCAGCUAUACAGAGUGUUGAAGUGUCGCUCUCACCGCUCUCAUCAACCCUGUUUUCAGCAGCUGUUUUUAGUUUUAAAAAAAGCUCUAAAAUCCCGACUGCACAGGACCAAACAGCAGACAGACACAGAGACUAGCUGGUGAACAUCGUGGAGCAUUUAGCAGCUAAAGAGACAGAUAUUUCCCUCAGGAGUUGUUGGGAGGUUGUUGGACUUAAAUUUAUCAGGUGGACACAAACAUGACUUCAAAUGGAUGCUAGUGUUGCUCUACGUCUGCUGGAUCUUAGUCAUACAUGUAAAUUAGCUGGGUAAUAUAAGCUUCAAUGCCAUGUAGCAACAUGUAUCAGCUAGAAAAGAAGUCUGGCAAUAAAUAUGAUUUUUAUUAAUAAAUAAACCUUAUGUUGCUUUAAAAGUUUUUAUAGCAACAUGAUAUGUGUUUACACUGCAGGAGUGCCAGUCAGAAAUGUAUUUUGAUAGGUCAAUGGGAAUCAUUUUUUAAAUUCAUGACAACAUACAGUAGAGCCCAAACACAGAAACCUACAUUAACAAAGUACUAAACUAACAAGGGUGGUCUAAUACUGCAGACUGGUCUCUGACCCAAUAUGACCCACAUUUGUUGCAGCAUUUGCAGUAGUAAUUUAGUUACAGUCCUUAUUCAUGAAGCAGUAACAUUGUCUCCACCCUGUAUGUCAGUGGAGCUUUUCAUCUUUUAUUAAAACGUUACUUUGCACAAAGUAACUGUUUUCUCCAAUGGACUAAAACCUAAUUGAAUUUUGUAUUUUUUGCAAACAUUAAAGGUACUGAAGUGCCACUUUCAUUUAAAAGAUUUUUGUACACCAGUAUGAAGACAUUUUUAUAUGUAAACUCAACCUAUUUAUGUGUGUGGUGUGAUAUGGUCGUUGUAAUUUGUAAAUGAUUAUGUUUGUCUAAGCUUUCCAGUGUGACUAUGUACAUAAGAUUAAGUGUCUUUGAUUUGAUUAUUGUGAAUCAGCCUUUUCUUAUCACUGCUGAGUCAACAGCUAAACCAACACCUUCGUAUGUUAACAGCAGUCACACAUGCGCACAUGCACAUAUACAAAAUACACAUUAGCCUACUGAUUUCUGGACAUCUGUCAGUCUUAUUACUUAUUUUGUUCUAACAUUACACCAUACAAUAUUUCAUUAUUCCCACCUCUAUGUUGGGUCGGCUCGUCUUGAGAAAAGUCUAAUGUCAGUGUUUAGUUUUCUUCCAUUGUGUUUUCUGCUGUCUGGUACCGUCGUGUGUGUGUGUGUGUGUGUGAGAGAGAGAGAGAGAGAGAGAGAGAGAGAGAGACUUAUUUGUAAAGGAGACAAUGUGUAAUUGAGUAUGACUCAUGUCUUUGUUCAUUGUUGUAAUCACAGACUGCCUGUCUUUACUACACAGCUGUGUCAAAACUCACAUAUCAGUUCUGCCAGCUCAACCACAGAUAUCUGUGUUGCAUUUGUUUUGUCAACGACAUAAAUAAUUUUGUUAAUUUGUUAAAACAUUUACGUCCAUAAAGUAUCUAUUUAUUAAACAGGCAAGAUCCAGUUUGGCAUAACACAAACAUAAAGACCAAAAGUGUUCUCUCCAUCUUUUCAGCAAAAAAUCUUAGCAGACAGAAUGAAACCCAGGUUUUAUUUCAGCUUCUUCUUUAUUUUUCAACUGCUUAAGUUGAAGACAUUAUGUCGUACAGGUGAUAUUUACUUGCAUAUUUAGUGUGUUAUGCUACUUUAUACUUCUGCUUUACUAUCUUUUAAUAUCAUUUUGUUUUUACUCCACUACAUUUUUUUGAGAUGAGUUAUUACUGUAGUUACUUUGUAGCUAAAGAUUUUACAUACACAAUACAUAAUACAUUGUUUUAAAUGUAACUAGCCAACAGUAUAUAAAGUAGUUAAAAUCAGCUCCACCUUGACCAACUACAGUAAAAUUCUGCUUACGUAUUAAAGCAUCAGUAAUAACA